CUCAGAUGAUAGUACACUAUUAUUGCCCCGCCAAGAAUAUCUCCUCUCUUACUCGCAGCCUGCAAGCCUUAAUAUGCUUAUCGCACCUUCUGUUCCACGAACUAUAAUAUAUUUUCCCCUCACACCAACCCGCAUCGCAUAACAUCUCAUCUUAUUUAUACCCUCGCCUCUCCCCAAGGCUAUAGCGGCGUCCUUCCCUGCGUCCAUCCCUGUUAUGACUCUGAUCGGCGUGUCAAUACUAAUCGCCACUUUCACAAUCUUCCUCUUCAAGGUGCCGCCCUCAACAUGGUUCGCCGCCUGGUUCCCCAAGGCGGCUGACAGCAGUGGCGAUGUCUCGAAUGGCGAUCUGGAUAAGACAAAGGCGGGCCAGGUAAAAGAUGGGGGUGAGACCAAGGGAGACGGCAAGGAGGAGAAGGAAGACAAGGAGGACACUACACUUCCGGAUGCGGGCGUGAAGGAAGCCAAGGCUGAGCUGGAUCGGAAGGCAAUGCCUCCUCCUCCAAGCUUCCUGAUUAAACCGCCAAAUGCACCCAGCAAUGGGGCUCUGCCUGCACGAGGAGGGGCACCUCAAAAUGGCCUAGCUGCGCCAUCACAGCCAUCUGUGAGAGGGCAGGGACUAUCCGCCCCCGCGCUUCCCUCCUUCCCAGCUCUCAAUUCCGCACAACGCGCUUCCGACAGCCGCGGCGCGCCACGGUUAAACCCAAUACCUUCAGUGCAACCCCCUCUUCGCUCAGUCUACUCCGCGUCUCCGCCAGGACGGUCACCAGCCCCAAACCGCGGUGGGAACUUCUCCCUGGCGCCGCCACCGACACAUAGCUCGAUUCCUCCCAAGCCCAGGCUAAAGGUUGGAUUGACGCCUGGUCACUCCCCGCUUGAUUGGGCCAAGUUGUCCGAGGCGCCGAAUGCCAAUCUGCGGGGGCUUCCGGCAGAUACUCCGUAUCUGAAGGUCACGCCCUCGCAGUUGCGGCACUAUACUGGGCGCAAGGGGAAGGAUGCUUGGACGGUGUUGGGCGGGAAGGUGUAUAAUAUCACGCCGUAUCUGCCAUACCAUCCGGGUGGGGAACCUGAGCUCAUGAAGUGUGCUGGGAGGGAUGGCACGAAGUUAUUCGCGGAGAUCCAUCCUUGGGUGAACUGGGAGGGGAUGCUUGGGGCGUGCUUGGUUGGCAUUGCUGUGGGAGAGACAGAGGUAAAGGAGGUCAGCGCAUUAGAGAGUAUGGACUAGAGUAUAUAGGUUUCCUCUGCAUUUAUAGCGGGCAUGUGUAAUGAUAGAAACUGAGGUACUAGACUAAUCGAUAC